AUGGAUUUGAAUGGUAACCCAAGAGUGAGGGCCCUAUUCGCUACUCAAAUCACCUGUCUAGUCGUUGUAUGGGCCGUAACACUUGUCCGGUUUGGAAUAAAGCUGGCACUGAAACGGCAACGAACCUGGGACGACACUUGGAUGUUUACUGCAGCUGCUCUGUUUACUACAAUGAGUGCGCUUAUUAUGCGUGGCAUUGCUCUGGGAGGAAUUGGGCAGGAUGCUAGCCAAUUGACUUUGCAGAAAAUAUCUACCGGUUUACAAACCUGGUACUUUGGAGAAAUCCUUUAUGGACUCUUGUCUCUGUGCAUCCGUCUUUCAAUUACCCUUUUCCUCUUCCAACUUCUGAGACAACCGAGCCACAUAUGGGUCCUUUCUGGCUGUUUAGCAGUUGUUCUUAUUACAACCCUAUGCUUCUUAUUGGCAACUAUUUUCCAGUGUUCCCCAGUUCGCUUCUACUGGGGACGGUUCUCAUCAUCUGAUAACCAUGGAACCUGUUCAAAUACUCAACUUGUACGUACCACAGCGAUUGCUCAUAGUAUCGUUGCCGCGUUGAGCGACUGGAUCAUGACAUUGUUACCCGCAACAUGUCUCUGGAAAACUCGAACUGCAACGAGCUCAAAGAUAACAGGUACUGGUCUAAUCAGCCUUGGUAUUUUCGCCGGGAUAGCAAUGAUUGUUCGUAUCCCUCAAAUUAAGUCAGUGGCCUUGACCAGUGACUUUUUAUACUCGAGCAUGUUAGUCAUGAACUCACAGGAGCUACUCAACUCCCACGACCCUUUAUCUUUGUAUUAA